CUGCUGUUAUUAUCGGUGCAUCUCAGGAUUUUACAAGACUAGUCAAGAACAAUGGGAACGUGCACAUCUCUGGAAAGCCACAGCAGCCAUGAGGUGAGAAUCAAACACUCUUUAAAUAAGAAUGAAGAGGCGUUUGUAGUCAAAAGAAGAAAAACUGUUCUAAAAAGCCUGCAGAAACUCAAGAUACACUGCAGUAAGGAUGCGGUGCCAAACAUUGCAUUACUGGGUUCUGGAGGAGGACAAAGAGCCAUGGUGGGUUUGCUGGGAUCUCUGGUUCAGCUUGAUAAAGCGGGUCUUCUGGACUGCAUCCUUUAUCUGAGCGGAGUCUCUGGAUCCACCUGGUGCAUGGCCUCCUUAUACCAAGAACCAGACUGGUCCACCAAACUAGAGAAAGUGAAGAACAAAAUCAUCAAGAGACUCAACGGUCCAGGAGUCAGCUGGGGAGACGCAUUUGCCAAACUGAAGAAAUAUUACUAUGAGAAAGACAUCUUCAGCUUGACUGACGUCUGGGCAGUGAUGGCCGUCACACCAUAUGUCAAAGAGAUCAACGAACACAGAGUCACAAGUCAGCAUAACAAGCACAAAAAUGACCCGUUUCCCAUCUACACAGUGAUCGACAAGCAGUGCAAACAGAACAGAGAAGGAGACCCCUGGUUUGAGAUCAGUCCACAUGAAGCAGGUUAUUCUCUCAUUGGAGCGUUUGUGAAAACGUCCAGCUUCGGCAGCCAGUUUGACGACGGCUGUAAGAUCAAGGACCAGCCUGAAAUGGACAUGCUGUACCUGCAGGCUCUGUGUGGCAGCGCUACAGCUGAUAUGGAUGAGAACAAAAAAUUCAUCUGGCAAUAUAUAAGAGGUUUAUUUUCUAGUAUUAUAUCUAGAAUGGAAAAUGGGAUGAUUGAGGGAAUGGAGAAAGAUCCAAACUCGCCAUCUGCAGGCAAGUGUUCUCAGGUGCUCAUGGAUCUCGUGGACAUGAAUCUCUCUGUUUUGAAUGGCAUUGAUCCUUUUGAUCUUCACGAAUCCAUUCGAACAAAUCUGAACGACCCCUGGUUUGAGAUCAGUCCACAUGAAGCAGGUUAUUCUCUCAUUGGAGCGUUUGUGAAAACGUCCAGCUUCGGCAGCCAGUUUGACGACGGCUGUAAGAUCAAGGACCAGCCUGAAAUGGACAUGCUGUACCUGCAGGCUCUGUGUGGCAGCGCUACAGCUGAUAUGGAUGAGAACAAAAAAUUCAUCUGGCAAUAUAUAAGAGGUUUAUUUUCUAGUAUUAUAUCUAGAAUGGAAAAUGGGAUGAUUGAGGGAAUGGAGAAAGAUCCAAACUCGCCAUCUGCAGGCAAGUGUUCUCAGGUGCUCAUGGAUCUCGUGGACAUGAAUCUCUCUGUUUUGAAUGGCAUUGAUCCUUUUGAUCUUCACGAAUCCAUUCGAACAAAUCUGAACGAGCUCACUGGAGGCAAAAGUCAGCAUAUUUUUCAAGUGGAAAAACUGAAUCUCGCUGAUAAAGAAGCUGCAAAACUGCACAUGAGGAAGUAUACCUUGGAUAUUUGUGCAUGCUUGAGCGUUUCGUUCAGUUUCUGGCCGUUCAAUGUUUGCUUCAGCAUUUGUAAGUGUGCGGUUUGGUGGAUCUGGGGCACGAAAUAUGACUUUCUCCACAACAUGACAGAUAAAACAGUGCCUCGUGCUCUUCUGGAAAGUGAGACGAGAGACUAUAUAGACGCCGGACUGUUGCUGAACUCACCCUACUUCUCAGUGCUGAGAGAAGAACGAGACAUUGACCUCAUCAUUUCCCUGGAUUUCAGUGACGGCGAUCCUUUCAUGACAGUGAGAGAAGCUGCUGAGACCUGCAAGAAACUAAAGAUCCCCUUCCCUGAAGUCAACAUUACCAGUGAAGACGUGAAGAAACCGAAGGACUUCUAUGUGUUCAAAGGCCAAAACGCUCCAACCGUGAUUCACAUCCCUCUGUUUAAUGUGGUCAACUGUGGAGAUGAUAUCGAGGCAUGGAGGUACAAAUAUCGCACCUUUCAAGGUCCUUACAGCGCUGAGAAGAUCACUGAUCUUAUGGAGGUCGCUGGAAAAAACAUCUCAAACAACAGAAAGAAACUGCUGGAGCAGAUUCAAGCAGACAUUCGGAAAAAAAGAUCCAGACGCUUUAACAAUUCUGAAUAUAAACUCAUAUAG